AAGACGAAGGGAGGGAUUUGUUAGUCACUCGACAUAUAUCUCUGUGUCACAGAGGACUUCAGGUUUGUCUGGAUGGGUUGGAGGACGUGCUUCACUUAACCUCUGAGCUUGUUGGGGGUAAAAAUGAAAUGAAAAAAUAGCAGAAAGGGGGGAAGAUGCCUCUCAGCUUGAUGCCACUUUAGACAGUUUAGCACUGACAGUUAGGGUCAGGCCACACUUGAAGUUUUGGUGUUGUGAGCAGCAGGUUUACAGAGGACCACACGAAGGCAAGCAGCGAUGAGAGCGAUGAUGUGGAUGUAUCUCGUGAUCCUUUUCUUGUCUGAAGCACGGAGCAUGGAAUCAGGAACUAAUUCAACUUCCCCUGCGAACACCAAUUCUUCUUUUUCUGAUUACAGAAAUGAAGUUUUCAGUAAUGGGAGUGAUGUUAACCUGACAUGCAGUGAUAAGUUGUGGAAUGAGACAUUUUAUGUUUUAUGGGACAUAAAACUGGUCAACAAAAAAUGCAUGAUAAAGUUUAACAUUGACGGUCAGAACAUAGACUCCUGCAAAGAUGGCAAGUCACUCCGAAACACAUCCAGCUCUCAGCCAUAUCUACACAUCCCAAAUUUCUCAAAAGAUGAUGUGGGGGUCUACAACUGUGAGUUUGCUUACAAAGGAGGAGCUACAAAGUGUGAAAUCAAUGUGGCUAUUGUAGUUCUUCCCAAAAUGGAUGCCUGGUUAGAGCAUAAAAACAACACAACGGUGGCAGUGUGCAGAGCUGAAAGAGGAUAUCCUGCUGUCAACAUCAGCUGGAGUCAUACAGGAAGUCUUCCAGUGCGAAUGUCUAAAAGAAAUGGACUUUUUACAGUAGAAAGUCGGCUGGAGCUUCCUGAAGCCAUGGGUCCAAAUAACCUGAGCUGUAUAAUCAGUCAACAGAACUGGAGCAUGACUCUGUUUCCAAAAUUUCAAGACCCUCCUGUUCCAUGGCUGUGGAUACUUACUGCUGUGAUGAUUACUGUAUUUUUGGUGGGAUUCUUCUUAUUUGUGGUCAUAAAGCUGAGGCGAUACCAGCAGUCAGAUGUCACACUGUCCAAAUCUCCACCGCUAGAGGAUGUGGAGGAAGUGGAGCCCUAUGCUAGCUAUGUUCAACGUGUGAACUCUAUCUAUAAUUGAUCUGCAAAUAUGUUCCCAUUAAAAAAAAAAAGCCUUUGCACAUGCAUCGUGGACAUGAACCUAAAUGCAACAGGUCGUUGUGAGAAACUGAAGGCUGCGAAACUGAGAAAAGGUGAAAUAGUAAAGAGAGAGAAAGAUCAAAGAUUUCCUGUGAUAGAGGAAAGUUUCUCAGCUUAAAUCUGUCCUAAUAAACACUUGACUGAUGGGAUGGGGGAUGUACCUGAUGUCUGCCCACUGCUCUGUGUGGGUCUCAUGGAGAACAUUAACAAUUACUACAAAUGCAAUGAACUGCUGAACUGGAGAGACUCUUGAACCAAAUGCAGCAGGUAGAGACUACAGAACUACAGAUGUUUGAUAAUGCUGAUGAAUACAUUGGCUAUAAUUAUGUACAAAUACACUUAUUUAUACAUUAACAGUAAAUAGAUGGUCAUCGUUUAUAUGGAAUUGUGUUGGAGUGAGUACAGUGAAAGCACCAAACAAAGAAAACAUGCAUUUCUGUCGCACAACUGCCUCAAGAUAAUGUGGAUAAUGUCAUGUAUUAAUGUCAGAAAAUAUGACUGUUUGUAUUAAAGUAU